UAUUCGUUAAGGCGCCAGUCAUCAGCUGAAUUGGAAUUAUUCUCAAGUUGCUGUUUGUUUGUGUUCUUUUAUCCAUUUCGUUUCUUUCAGAACAAAUGAUGCAUAAAAAUGGAAUGCCUAAUCAACCGGGCCAACAAUCGAUGACAGGAAUGAAUCGCCCACCACCACCAUCUCAGAUGUUAUCAGGGACCAUACAACCGUCUGUCCCUCAUCCAUCAGCCAUGCAACAUCAAGUACGACCAAUGAUGACAGGAGCCGGUAUGCCACCGUCUGUAGUACAACAAAUGAUGGUUCAACAACAGCAACAAUCAAUGAUUCCCCAGGGUCCAUCACAAUCUCAACCACCGAUGGCAACCGUGACAUCACAAAUACAGCCAUCGCAACAACACCAACCACCACCAAAACAGAUACUUUGCCGAUUAGGCGCCGAUACUGUUCAGGACAUUGUUUCAAAAACGCUAGAAUUAUUCCAACAUUUACGAUCAAUGGGACCUCAGCUGGUCAGUACAAAUCAACUAUGCGAAGAUAAAAAGAACAAGAUCAAAGAUACUAUCAAACAUAUUGAAACCUUGUUUAUUCGAUUACGAAAAAUCUACAACACUUGUAAUGAACCAUCAUCACUCGAUUAUGUUGAUCCAAAAUCUUUGUUGCCACUAAGAGAUGAUGAUGACGACGAUAGCGACGAAGAUGAGAAUAAACUUAACGUUAAUGGACAAGAUGGAUUGGCCAAUACUGCAUCCAUUACUUUGCGACCAUUGCUAAAGGAAGAAAAAAAGAAUAAUCCCAAACUUCAACAAUUAGAAAAAGACUAUCUAGAUCUAGUUGAGUUGAAUCGAUUGAAAAAUCGGCAAAUCAAAGAGAUCAUUGAUCGUAUCAGAAAAAUGGUCUGGGACAUUAACACGAUGUUGGCUAUGCGUCGACCCUAAUCAUCAUUUUUUAUUUAUUGUAAAUUUAAAAAAAACAUUUUUAUUUUUCAAAUAAUUUUCAAUUAA